UCCGUUUUACGACAGUCGCCAUACUAAAUCGCCAUAACUGAGUACACAACUGUAUCGCUGUUCUGGUCGAGAAGGCCAAAUAGCGACAAGCGUCAUGUUGCGUUUGCCAGCCGUCAGCCGUGCCAUAGCGGGGGUGGCCCACUCUAAAGCAUGCCUGGCCCCAGCUAGUAAUGUUCGCACAUCUGUGCGGGCUUCCAGUAACUUGGUUGAAGUCUUCGUUGAUGGAAAGCCAAUUAUGGUGGAGCCUGGUACUACAGUGCUUCAGGCUUGUGAGAAGGUCGGCGUGCAGAUCCCCCGUUUCUGUUUCCAUGAGCGUCUGUCGGUGGCAGGGAACUGCCGCAUGUGUUUGGUGGAGAUCGAGAGAGCGCCGAAGCCUGUGGCAGCAUGUGCUAUGCCUGUUAUGAAGGGCUGGAACAUUCUGACAGACUCGGAGAAGACACGCAAGGCCAGGGAGGGUGUAAUGGAGUUCCUGCUGGCUAACCAUCCUUUGGACUGUCCAAUCUGUGACCAAGGAGGAGAGUGUGACCUCCAGGACCAGUCCAUGCAGUUCGGCACAGACAGGAGCCGCUUUACGGAGGGCAAGAGAGCAGUUGAGGACAAGAACAUCGGGCCGCUCAUCAAGACCAUCAUGACACGCUGCAUUCAGUGCACACGUUGCGUCCGCUUUGCUAGUGAGAUUGCGGGUGUUGAAGACCUCGGUACAACAGGCAGAGGCAACUCCAUGCAGAUCGGUACCUAUGUGGAGAAAAUGUUCAUGUCGGAGCUGUCUGGAAAUGUGAUUGAUGUUUGUCCUGUGGGAGCGCUCACCUCCAAGCCCUACGCUUUUACCUCACGUCCCUGGGAGACCAGGAAGACCGAGUCCAUAGAUGUGAUGGAUGCACUGGGAAGUAAUAUUGUUCUGAGCACCAGAGGAGGGGAGGUCAUGAGGGUUCUGCCUCGUCUCAAUGAGGACGUUAACGAGGAGUGGAUCUCCGACAAGACCAGGUUUGCCUAUGAUGGCUUGAAGAGGCAGCGUCUGACCCAGCCCAUGGUGAAGGACGCCUCAGGCCAGCUGGCUGCCACAACGUGGGAGGAUGCGCUCACCCGUGUGGCUGGAGUGCUCCAGACCGUGCAGGGGAACGAGGUAGCCGCCAUUGCCGGUGGCAUGGUGGACGCUGAGUCUUUGGUGUCCCUGAAGGACCUGCUCAAUCGCCUCAACAGCGACAACCUCUGUACCGAGGAGGUCUUUCCCAUGGCCGGGGCAGGUGCUGACCUGCGCUCCAACUACCUGCUGAACUCACGCAUCGCCGGUAUUGAGGAGUGUGAUUUUCUGCUGCUUGUUGGGACCAACCCACGCUACGAGGCUCCACUCUUCAACGCCCGUAUCCGCAAGAGCUGGCUGCAUAAUGAGCUGCAGGUGGCAAUGGUGGGCCACCAGGUAGAGCUCAGCUACUCCUAUGAUCACCUGGGAGACUCCACGCAGGUGUUGAAGGACAUUGCCGCCGGCACACAUCCCUGCAGCAAGGUAUUGGCCCAGGCCAAGCGACCAGUGGUGGUGGUUGGCAGUGCCACGCUUCAGAGGGCUGAUGGGGCAGCCAUAAUGAACGCAGUCUCCACCAUCGCUCAGAAUGCCCGUGCGAGCAGUGGCGUGGAGGAGGGAUGGAAGGUCCUGAAUGUACUUCACAGGGUGGCCAGUCAGGUUGCUGCGCUGGAUCUGGGAUACAAGCCAGGGGUGGAGGCCAUCAGACAGGCCCCGCCCAAGGUGCUGUUCUUGCUGGGAGCUGAUGCUGGUUGCAUCACUCGCCAGGACCUGCCCAAGGGCAGCUUCAUCAUCUACCAGGGUCACCAUGGCGAUGUGGGAGCCCCCAUGGCGGACAUCAUCUUGCCCGGCGCAGCGUACACAGAGAAGAACGGCACCUACGUCAACACUGAGGGCCGUGCCCAGCAGACCCGGAUCGCUGUAACCGCGCCCGGCAUGGCCCGCGAGGACUGGAGGAUACUCAGGGCCGUGUCUGAGUUGGCUGGUGUCACACUGCCCUACGACACCCUGGCAGAGGUGAGGGAUCGACUGGAAGAAGUGGCUCCCAACCUGGUGCGCUACGAUGAUGUGGAGCAGGCCAACUACUUCAAGCAGGCCAACGAACUUGCACAGACUGUCGAUCAGACAUUACUAGCUGAACCUCUGGUCCCUCCUCAGCUUACCGUUAAAGACUUCUACAUGACAGAUCCCAUCAGCCGGGCAUCCCAGACGAUGGCAAAGUGUGUGAAAGCGGCGACUGAGGGGGCAGAUGCUGUUGAUGAGCCUUCCAUUUGCUAAAACACUUCCUUGUCUGUCCGAUCAAAUGCAUAACCUACAUGUGUGAGACCUUCGUCCUUAACUCAAACCUACCGCCAACACACAUACAUACACACACACACACACACUUCAGUCAAUAUCACCUUAAACGCAAUAUUCACAAGUGUCUCCGAAGUUCCAUGCCAACUCUGACCUGUCGUCUUUCAGAACCAGAAUUGUUCAAACCAGUUCAUAAACAAGUGUGACAUUUUAUUCUUGCUUUAUAUAUUUAAGUAUGGUAUGCUUAGGCAAACAAUAUCGUUGUAAAGAUUUCAUUCCCAAGUGAAGGUCGUGGGGAGCAGCUUUGUUAAAGAAAGCGUAUACUGUGGUGAAAAAUGAAUAAAGCAUCUAUUAUUACAGUCGA